CGCCCGUCAUCGGUCUCAAUUUUUUGCUAUUAUUUUCCACUAAAGCGAAUUACGAUUCGCGAAUCCUUAAUUAGUUCAUUUAAAUGUAGGCCGCACCAACCGGCAUUCGAAAAUCGUAAAAACUGUAGGUUUAUCUUAUACAUAGGCGCUAUUUUUAGUUAUACAUUACGUAGGUCGUUUUACAGUUAUCGCUGUUGUCUGGUGAUUAUUGUUUAAUCUACGCUAUCAAAUACAUUAAAAAUGUCCGAAAGCUCUCCAGAACAUAGUUCCAAACGCAAGGAUUUCAUUUGCGGUGUAGUUGAAGGCUUUUACGGCCGACCAUGGACCACCGAACAAAGGAAAGAUCUAUUUAUAAAAUUGAAAAAAUGGGGCCUAGACAUGUACGUAUAUGCUCCGAAAGAUGACUACAAACACCGUGCUUACUGGCGUGAGCUGUACACCGUAGAGGAGGCUGAACACCUGACGUCCCUCAUCUCCGAGGCCAAGGCUCACGAUGUGACUUUCUGCUAUGCCCUCUCACCGGGCCUGGACAUAACAUACAGUAGCCAGAAGGAAAUAACAACACUCAAAAGAAAGUUGGAACAGGUGUCCCAGUUUGGUUGCACCUGCUUUGCUCUCCUGUUUGAUGAUAUUGAGCCCGAGAUGAGUGAAUCUGACAAGCAGAUAUUCCAGAGCUUUGCUCAUGCCCAGGUAUCAGUGACCAAUGAGAUACACCAGCAUCUUGGGUGUCCUCGUUUCCUGCUUUGUCCGACUCAAUACUGCUCCACCAGAGCGGUGCCGACUGUCAACAGUUCAGAGUACCUCAAUACGCUCGGUGAAAAACUGUCUAGGGAGAUUGAUGUUAUGUGGACAGGUCCGAAAGUAAUAUCGAAAACGUUGACGACUGAGUGCAUCGAGGAAAUAACUCAGGUUCUGCGAAGACCUCCUGUCAUCUGGGAUAACUUGCACGCCAAUGAUUAUGAUCAGAAGAGGAUAUUCUUGGGUCCAUACUGCGGUAGAUCUCCCGAGCUCAUACCCCUGCUGCGAGGAGUUCUGUCUAACCCGAACUGCGAGUACAACGCUAACAUGAUCCCGAUAUGGUCGCUGGCUCACUGGGCCAGCUGCAGCUUGGAUGCGCCUGCGCACAUGGAAGCGGUAUCAUGGGACAUCCGUCUGGAGCGCGAAGGGGAGAGGGGUGUGUGUGAAGACGAGGCGCCCGUCAGUCUCGGCAGACAUGUUUACCAUCAUCGACAGGCGCUCAGGCAAGCUAUCAAUGAGUGGCUUCCAGAGUUUUCCAUUCCGAAGACCAGCCAGGGGCCAGUUAUAAAACCUCAGCCACCAGUCUCGGUGCCUCCAGUACCGAUGGUGCCCAUCGUCCCUUCAGUCAACACCUGUAUGUCGCUGACCGGCUCCGUGGCGACGAGCAGCACCGCCUCCAUCCCCACCGUGCACACCAGCCAGCUGCAGGCGCUCGCCGACGUGUGCUCCGCCUCGCCCGACAGGCCCAUCACGUCCACUGGGAUAUCGUCCAUCGAAACGCUAAACCCGAUACCAAAUCCAGUCAUGAAUUCCCUGGUUUCACCGACUAAAGUCAUCCUCAAUGAAUCCAUACCUAAUCCCAUCAUACCGCUGGCCAGUUCAAACAUUGCUCUCCCAUCAGAAAUACCCGUUUCAACUCUACCUGUACCAAUGCUUGGACUGAAAUCUCUAGACACUGACGCCAAUGAGAAGAUAGACAUUAAUGAAACAUUAUCCAAUGAUAGUAUAUUAGAGACGGCUAGUUUCAUUGAAGAAAUCAAGAAGGAUAAAGAGGAUGAUGAUAUUAUUGUGGACGAUUUGGAAGCAAAUGCGGAGCAACAGCAGAAUGGAGAUAUGAGUUUAGAAGAAACAGGUGGGUCAGCAAGUCCGACGCGUGUAGAACCGUUGGACGUCGAUCCGCCGUCCGCCACAGCUGACUCCGAUGUUGUUAUGAACGAUGGUGCUAGCGAGAAUGGUUCUAUGCAAGUGGAGCCGAGCAACAGCCCGCUAAGCGGUGACAUGAUGGUCGAACCUAUGGGGGAGGCCACUGAUGCUACAGACGAGGCGGUAGAAGGCAUCAAUGCCAACUCUCUUACCUGCGAUGACCUCAUUCUACUCUGUGACCUGUUCUAUCUGCCGUUCGAGCACGGCUCCCGAGGUCUGAGAUUGCUACACGACUACCACUGGCUCACCACGCACGCGGCCAGCAUACUGCCACGAGGAAAUAAACCUGAGACAAGCGAAUGGCGUCGGCGGCAACGUCGGUUUCUAUGGUGGGGGGCGCGCGUGCGGCGACUCGCGCGGCGUAUAGGCGCCGCCGCUAACAGAGAACUGCAGACCGAGUUACGGCCUUAUCUGUGGGACCUGUGUGGCGUUAUCGAGCUGCUAGCGGCUUUCGUGAGGUGGCUAGAACUUGGAAAGUUCCCACAAAACGUAACCAACAACAUUCAGGGCACGUACACAUGGUUUUCACGUGGCUGGCGCGAAGCGUUCGAGAGCGGCAACCAGGAGCCUUGGGUGUUCCGGGGCGGGCUAUCGGCCGACCUGCGCCGUCUCCUGCCCGUAGAGUGCUCGCCCGUGCCGCACGCGCACUGCCCGCCGGCGCGCCUCCCGCUCGCCGUGCGACCGUACGCGCCCGCUGAUGAAAACGCGGUAUGUGCUAUAUGUCACAAGACGUGUCGUGACGGUUCGGAUUGCAGCGAUCUCUUCCCCAGCGACUUACAAACGCUUCCAGCUGAUAGGUUAGUAGUACCAUUCCUGACUCUGACGCCGGAGUUCUGUAUGGUAGUUGAGGACGACGGUGGGUGUUUGGACGACAACUGUGAUGAAGGAGACGACCCCGAGUCGGAGAAAUCUGAUAUUAAACCUACUGGUGUGAAACCAGAGAUAGUGGGGUACGCGUGUGCCGCGUUGAACAGUAGGGAGUUCUACAAGAAACAGGAGAUAGCGUGGAUACCGGAGAUGUGUAGGAAGUACCCGUUAGAGCUUACAGAGAGAGAAGACUUGAGUCAGGCAGCUAAAGAGUGUAUCCGCCACUUCCACGAGUUCAGCAGUCUUGAGCGCGCGCCUGAGAGCGUGCUACGCGCGCAGCCCGCUCUACUGACUUGCUGCGUGCUACCGAUGGUGUCGGACCCGCAUGCACCUGCCAGAUUGUUGACGUGUCUACUAGCGGCGUUACGAGCGCACGGUGCGAGCGGUGUCCACGUGUGCAUCAACGAAACGGACCACUACCUACAGCAGUUUUACACGAAACUCGGCUUCGUGGAGGCAGCCCGGAGUGCGGGGAGAGUGUUCCUAGCGCGCGCCAUCUAGCGCCCGCGCGCCGCGCUGAAACUCCGCCGGUGAGGUCAGCGGUAUAUUGAGUAUGGCAACACUGACUAUAGCAGUAUGUAGGAUAUGUCAACACUACAAUGACCCAUUAUGUAAUUGACAAUUAUUAUAUUAAGUUAUAAAAACCUGCAAGUAGCGCUGAAACUCCGCCGGUGAGGUCAGCAGUAUAUUGAGAAUGGCAACACUGAAUAUAGGUUAUGGUAACAAUGAAUAUAGCGUAAGUGGAUAGGAUAUGGCAACACAAUGACCCAUAUAUUAUGUGACAUAACAAUUAAGUGAUCAGAGCCUGCGCGUCGUACUUUAAAAUAUUAACACUUACCCCGUGUGAAUAUAGUAUGGCAACACUGAAUGUAGUAUAUAGGAUAUGGCAACAAUACAAUGACCCAUAAUGUAUGUGACAUAUUUAGUUAUAAGAGCCUGCGGCCUCGCUGAAACGUCGCCGCUGUAUGGCAACACUGAAUGUAGCAGCAUAAGUGGUAGGAUAUGGCAACAUUACAACGACCCAUAUUGUGACGUAAUUAUAGAGACAUAAGUUAUAUCUAGAACCCGACUGCCAUUUUCAGAAUAUCGACCAUAAAAUCAACUAUAUAGAAAUACUAUAAACUAACAACCAUAUAUGGCAAUACUAAAAUGUUGGAACAGCGCGACAUUUUCACCGAUAAAAUCCAAGUCAUGACGUCCAAGCAACGUCAGGCGCCUCUACGUCGCUGCAA